AGAACACAAUAUGGUGCCAAGAAUGGACUUCACACAAGUUCUGAUUUCAUGCUCAUUGGCUAUGCGGGGGCUGAAAAUCUGAGAGAAAAUCAACAUCAUGUCGAAAGAUGUUAACAGAUACAAGGUGUUUCAAACCACCAGGGUGCGGAAGGCACUGAAGAAUGAUGGCUGUUGGAUCCAUAAAUCAAAAGAGGAGGAGGAAGAGCAGGACAAAGCAAGGACAGACCCUGAUGUGGAGACCAAGCCCGCUUCGGUCAGACAGAAUUCAUACGUCCUGUCCACAGCCAAGAAAUUUGAAUCACUUGAUUCUCCGAUGAGCCCUCCCUUCCAAAAGCUGCAAUUUGCUCCAUCUGAAGGCAAUUCAUCUAAUCAGGCAAAUGGUGAAGUUAUUCCUCCCCAAAAAGAUGCUCAGCCUGAGGGGUCAACAGUGGAGACCACAGACGAUGCAAAGCCCCAAGCACCCAAAGAAGAACUUAUCCAAAACGGCGGGACACAACCUGAGAAGUCAGACGCCAACACAACUGUUGAAAACAAUCAGGAACAUGCUGCAGUUGACCCGGCCAAUGUAGAACACAAUGACGGGGCUGCUAAGGUCUCUGCAGAGGUUCAUGUUGCAGAAUGUAUCCAAAAUGGUGAUGCACAACCAGGUUCUUCAACAAGUCCUGAGACUGUGUCUCCUGUGGAGCCAGUUGAGCAACCAGUUACCAAAACAACUGCAGAUGUUCCCGUGGAAGACCCUGUUGCAGAACCCUGUGCUGCAGCUGUCACAGAGGAGAAUAAAGCAACCGCUGAAGUCCCUGUAGUGCCUGCAGUCGAACUGAAACCUCAAGAGGAGCCUUCAACCAAAACAGAAUCAGUAGGCCUAUAUAUAACACAUUUGAAGGAUACAGGAGUAGAAUCUGUUCAACCUGCAGAGGUUAGCUGUGAGAAAUGUCCUCCAGAGCAGGCUGGAGAAAAAAUCGUUGAAGCUGUAGCUGAGGUUGUGGUGAAGUCAUCGCCUGACACAGCUGAUGUGGUUAGUGCAACACCAGGAAAAGAGCCUGCUCUCCAAAAUGGUGUUGAUGCAGUGGCUGAGGUUGCUGUGGCACCUGCAAACCCUGCUGUGGCACAUGCAUCAGGAGAAGAGGCUGCUCCCCAAGCCAGUGCUGAAGCUGUAGCUGAGGUUGUGGUAAAGUCAUCACCUGACACGAGUGACGAGGUUAGUGCAACACCAGGAAAAGAAGCUGCUGCUCCCCUAAACAGUGGUGAAGCUGUAGCUGAGGUUGCCAUGGUGCCUGAGACCCCUGAUGUGACACAUACAGCAGGAGAAGAGGCUGCUCCCGAAAAUGGUGUUGAAGCUGUAACUGAGGUUGUGCUAAAGUCAUCACCUGACACGUGUACUGAAAUUAAUGCAACGCCAGGAGAAGAGGCUGCUGCUCCCCCAAACAGUGGUGAAGCUGUAGCUGAAGUUACUGUGGAGUCAUCACCUGAGACCCCUGUAGGUGGUGCAGCAGGAGAAGAGCCUAUGUAUGAAGUUAUUCUGGAACCUGUCCCUGACUUUGCGGGAGAACCUGUGUCCAAAUUACCCUCUCAAUCUGCUACUAAAACUGCUACAGAGGGGACUUGUGAGAAAGGUCCUCCACAACAGACUGCUCAGGAAACUGUUGAAGCUGUGGGUGAUGUUGCUGUGAAGUCAUCACCUGAGACCCCUGCUGUAACUGGUGCAACAGAAGAAGAGGCUGCUCUCCAAGUCAGUGUGAACCCGGUCCCUGACUUGGUGGCAGAUACUACCAAACCUGCUGCUGAAACUGCAGUCAAGUCUGUAGAUUGUGAAGUUGAGCCUGCAGCUCCAGCAGAGCCAGUUUUUCAGACCAGAACCGAAGAGGUAGUUGAGUGUGAAGUCCAGCCUGUUGACAACACUGUUGUUGAGCAAAGUGUUGAGCCAACACCUGAGAGUGCAGCAGAUCACGUGGGGGAGUUGGAUGCUGUUAAACCAGUAACAGAUGCUGAAGCUGUUCCGGAUAAAUUCUCUGACAGACCCAUUGAACUGUCCGAAGCAUUAAAUGGGGAACUACCAAAAACCGAAGCUGCUCCUCUGCCUCUGAAAGAUCCAGAUCAAUCUCACACUGAAGAGACCAAGCUGAACCAACACUCUGAUGGUACCAACACCUCUGAGAUGUUUCAAAAGCCCAGGACGAUGCUGCAAUACUCACCAAGUCUAUUCAAGACCAGGUGUACCAAAGUGUGUUCAAUCUGUCUCAAAACAUUUGAUGGGAAUAUCAAGCUCCACCUCAGUGACCCCGCGGUGACCUGCCACCCAGAAUGCCUAAAGUGUGGUGUGUGCAACAGGGUCCUGGGAGAUUUGCUGACCCCUAUGUUCUUGCAUGGCCAAGUGGUCAAAUGUGGCACCUGCUUUGCAGCAGCUCUCAGUGCCUGAAGCCUAACCGGGACAAAGACGUCGCUGGAGAGGACUCAAAGCAUACUGUAAUUAAUGUGUUGUUUUGACUGUUGCCUUAAAGGAGCUCUGUAAGAUAUUUAGAGCUUAUUUAUACUUCAGUGGUUGUUUCACACAGUUCUCAACAUGGAGGUGGCUGAGCUGGUGGCUAGUAGCUAACAGUUCUAGUUCUGACAGAGCUAACAGUGGUAACCGGUGGCGGGGGUACCAGCCUCCGUAACAAUGUGGUCCCAGAAUCAGCAAUGACCACCAUAUGAGCGGCAGUGAUUAGCUAGUCAGUGGGAUACACACACAAGUCUCACAUGCACUAACAUGCACGCAUGGCCAGACCGUCUACCACAGUGAAAUUAUAUAAAGAUGGACGAGACUUCUCCAGUAUUCUCAAUGUACAAAAAUGAAGCCAAAAUGUUCUGGAUAUGGGCGCAGCCAUCUUGUGUUAAUGAUGUCAUUUGGAGCCAAAGUCAGCAUAGUUGUGAUUGGUGGGUGGAGUCAUGGCAUUGCCCAUGCACCCUCCUUAUCCAAUCCCGAGCAGCGGCAUUGCUCUUGAGUACACACAGCUGCUAAUCAUGACGUCACACCCCCUGUUUAGAGCAUCAAAUAACUAUUUAAAACCAAACUUCUGAGGUAAAUGAACACUUGAACAUACAUAGGCACGAUAAGAUCCACCUAAAAUGACAGAAACCAACUUUUGGAUUUUUUUUUUUGACAUUUAUUUUGAUGUUUUAGUGUGCCCAAUGUCCCAUCUCCUAACAUAGAGGGGGUGGGGCUUAUGACCUAAACUGCAGCCAGCCACCAGGGGGCGAUCAAGAUGUUUUGGCUUCACUUUUGGGGAGCUGUCAUGCUUACUAUCUUUAUAGUCUAUGGUCACACAACAGAGAACAGAGAAGCUCAGAUUACAGUGCACACAGAGGUAGCGUGACUUCCCUCUCUUCUCAAGAUACCAUUACUUUACAUAGUAAAUAUUUGUUUGCUACUAUAUCAAUACUGCAAAUAUCAGAUAGAGCUCCUUUAACUCUGUAUUGUUUUUUUUUUUUUUAGUGUAAUAUCAGGAUUAAGAAUUAUGUUAUGAAAAUGUCUGGCAGCAUAUGA